AUGCCUACAAAAAAAGAAAUUCAGGCACAGGACAAUCCAGGGUUUCAGCUGGAUGAACCCCCUGAUGUGAAGGAGAAUGGUGGAGGUAAAAAGAAGAAGAAAGAUGCCCAGAAAAAGGAAGAGAAGCCUUUGAUCCCUGAGGCAGCACCAGUAUCAUUUUUCAGGCUGUACCGCUUUGCAGAUGCAAAAGACAAGGUUUACCUCUUUCUUGGCUUCCUGGCAUCUCUGACAUCUGGUCUCUGUUUUCCUGCCAUGGUCAUCUUGUUUGGCAGAAUGACCAACUCCUUGGUGUCCAAUGGCAUCAUUUCCAUGCUUGAGACACUUGCCAGCAAUUCAACAGUUGAAGAACUGUGUGUUGAAUUUUUGGCCAGUAAUGAGACCUACUUGGAAUCAUUCUACAACAUGAGUGGACCAGAUAUCACACUGAUCCAGAAUGCCUGUGAUGUGGACAUGACAGCUGAGAUAGAGAUGUUUGGGAUUGGCAAUGCUAUCCUGGGAGCUAUCCAGUUGCUGCUUGGAUACUUGUCUGUCUUCAUGCUGAAUGCAGCUGCUGAAAAUCAGGUUUUCAGAAUUAGAUCCUUGUUUUUGAAAGGAGUCCUGAGACAGGACAUUGGCUGGUAUGACACUCACCAAACUGGGGAUUUUGCCAGUAGGGUCACAGAGGACUUGAACAAACUGCAAGAAGGAAUAGGAGAAAAAGUUGGAAUGUUUGCAUUUUUCAUGACUGUCUUUGUGGCAUCUUUGAUCAAUGCUCUGGUUCAUGGCUGGGAACUGACUUUAGUCAUCAUGUCUGUCAUGCCUGUACUCAUGAUUGCCAUGGGCAUUAUGGCAAAGGCAAGUUUGAAAAUCCAUAGACGCUUUGUGCAAAGCUCUAUAUCAGAGCUGGAACUGAAUGCUUACGGAAAUGCUGGAGCAGUUGCAGAAGAAGUUAUUUCCUCCAUAAGAACAGUUGUUGCAUUUGGUGGACAGGAGAAGGAAGUGGAAAGAUACAAUGUGAACUUGGUGAAAGCAAGGAAAUUAGGCAUCAAGAGAUCCUUGUGGACAGGGAUUGGAGGAGGACUGGCUUGGUUCAUGAUUUUUGUGUCCUAUGCAAUGGCCUUUUGGUAUGGACCCAAGCUCAUCAUUGACUCCAGAGGCCAAGAAAACCCAGAAUAUGAUGCUUCAGUUUUGAUAAUAGUAUUCUUCAGUGUGCUGAUGGGUGCAAUGAAUGUUGGCCAAGCAACCCCAUACAUUGAGUCAUUUGGUGUGGCAAGAGCUGCAGCUGCAACUCUGUUCACCAUCAUUGACAGGCAGCCCCCCAUUGACAGCAGUUCUGAGGCUGGGAAGAAACCCAAGUUAAUCACUGGAAGGGUUCAAUUCAAAGAUGUGAAAUUCCAUUAUCCAAGUAGACCUGAUGUACCGAUACUUCAGGGAUUGAGUCUGGAUAUUGAGCCUGGACAAACAGUAGCUUAG